UGCAACAUCAUAUCAUGAGCAGCACCAGUCUUCGGCGAUUUCGUAAGCGUGGUGGUGAGCCGGGAAUAUCGCCGGGUUUCUUGCCUCCGCUGCUAUCGGCAGGCGAGUGCGCACGGUUUGUUGCAACGUUUUUCGUCCGUGGGCACGCGACAAGCGUAGCGAGGACCCGUUCGCGGAUGAUCUGGACAUCGGGCACGCGAGAGAAGGUUCCUGCACGCAUCCGAGGAUCAUGUAUGCCGUGUCGAAGGGACCCAGCAAGGGACUCGUAGCGAAAACACGACGAGGGAUCAGUCAGAAAUUCGAGAGACUAGAAACUCUACGCGACACGACGAGGAAGGCCGAUCCCGAGGAUGACCACGAGAUCACCCGUGAUGUACCGGUCUUCCUUAUGAAUGGAAAAUCAAAGCUCAUCUCACAGCGACAUCAAAUGCAAGAAAAUAUCUCACCACAGCACAUGGAACUUAUCUUAUUUAUUCAACAAUCAUGGAAUCAAGUUAGCACGUUGCAAAGAUGCGAAUGUUGCAAUGGCACAGAAUGUACAGAACUUUGCAAUUCUAAUUCAAUAGUAUAUUACAAUGAUGGUGAACCAAAUGAUAAUCUUCAAGACUUUAAACCAUUUGAUUUGGAAACUUGGUGGGGCAGUCGAUUGUAUAACAACAUCACGAAGUCGCUCUGAGACAUUCAGAAAACUGAAAACGAUUUCCUAAGGAUGUACUUGAAAGUAGUCUGUAAUUGGGAGCAACUGUUACAUUACACAAAUUAGCCAGUGUCGCGUUUUAAGUCUGACCGGGUCUGAAAAUUGGUAUAAACAGAGUGGUUUAAAUAUAAAUUACUCGGAUGAAAGUUCAAGGUAUUAUAUCUUGUCAAAUUAAUAUCGCUCGAAUCGUGUGUAAUACUACGCUCGAAUUACUACGACCGCGUCUUAUUUGUUACAAAAUAGAAAAAAAGCAAUAAACUAGUUAUAUUCACGAGCUUCGAGAAUGCAUGGGCGUAUGCAAUAGCAGUAAAUAUCAUUAGUGAUUAUAAAAUUGUUCAUUAUCAGAUUGUUACAAACUAUUAUUGUUUAUAUGCAUUUUUACAGACUAUAAAUAACUAUUUUGUUGCACUAUUGAAUUAGAAUUGCUCAAUUUUAAUAAGCACGCGGAGAAUGUGUUUAACUGUGCUUCUUGUACAGAGAGCUUCGAGAAACAGCAGCAACAAAGUUUUACGAAACUUUUGGUAGACAAUAAGUAGAAUAACAAGAAUAUAUGCGAAUGCAAACGUCCCAUCAUGUUAGAGAAAAUAUACUUGAGUUUUUUUUUCAUUAGAUUUAAAAGAAUCAUCACACACAAGCAACUGAAGCCCCGAGGACGUCAUGCAGUGUAUACCAAUGCAUAUACCAAAAUAGUUGAAUAUGAGCGAAGACCCGUUGUGUGAAUCCUGCGUGAAGUUGAUGAAUUUUUUAAUCCUAAAAAAAAUGGUUGUACAUAUUGCAUGCAAUGAUAUCGCGUGAAUGCAUGACAAUGUUACGGGUACUGUUACGCCGAUUAUGUCUGAAUAUACUUUUAUGUAUGAGCAAAAGGAUUUUUAGCAUAAACUCGUAGACUGAUAAUAUGUAAGAGAAUUGUCAUAUUGUUAUUGUUCGCUGAGAGUCACAUAUUGUUAUUCGCGCCAGCUCGCAGUUAGUAAAUAGAGAUCUAUUGCAGAGUUUGCCCAUCGAAUUGUUAUAUUAUGGCAGAUUAAAUUGUCUAUUUCUCGCAUUGUUACGUAUUUGUCGAGCAAUUGUAUAUGUAUAAUCGGGUCUCCGAUUAGCGACAAUUUAUAUGCCAUAUAUAUAUCACGCGUCCGACAAAGCAAAGCUCGCAGGAGUAGUCGUGAUGUAGUGUAAUAAAUCAAAUUCGGCCACGCGCGGCUGAAUUACACACGAUCAUGAAUAAAUAUCUCUUUAUACACGCCACA